AUGGCCAAAGCAACAUACGCACCCUCCACCUUCUCCGAGACCUCAACCAUCUGCUCCCUUGAAAAGGAAUCCUUUGAAAAGGACCCCGCCCUGACAGCAGCACCCGCCGUCAAGGAACGCCGCUCCCUCCGAUCAAGAGUCAAGAGGGCCCUCCGCGAGGUCGGAAACCCACCCACCUACCGCUACGAUCUCGAGCACGGCAUCGAGACCAAGAGAACGGUCCCCGUCGGUCCCAUGGGUUUCAACGUCCUCAACCAGCCCUCGCGCAUGUAA